CCGUCUGCAGAGGCUUGCGCGCUUAUCCACGAGAGAGAACGCGCGGAUACAGAGGCAGUUGCAGGGGCCGCAGAAACAAAAGUUUGCAUAGCACAAAUGGUAGAACAUUUGGCGAGAUCGCAUGCAGUAUGCAUUCAAACUACACAGCUGCCAAUUAGGGUUUUCGUUUGCAAAUGACAGGCUGCCACCGGAGCAUGGACAGGUGGUGAUUGGGGGUUUCAAUUUUUCUAUUUUUAAAUUCCAAAGGCUAUAUUUUCGCAGUCAUUUGUCUCUCUGGUACCAUCUUGGGUAUGCUUCUGCGCUCCCCCUUAAACUUGUUUUGAGAUACCGUGAUAACCCCAGGCUUCGCUGUUGAUCCUGCAUCAGAAUCGGCCUUAGUGCAUUCAUCUCUCACGCAAGUCCCUUGGUCUUAGUCUCGUCUGGUAAAUAUUUUGAUUGACAUCAUUCAAGUAAGAGAUUUUGUCCAAAAUCUUGAGAUGGUCAUUUGCCAUGUUCGCUUGCCAUAGCUUGCUUAUCCUAUAUAAAGCCCGUCACAGAUCGACCCAGGUCAAGUACCUAAUCAUAUAUCCUUUCUGCACCAAUCUCUUUGCCAGCCUGGGCUUAAAACCCAACAACCCUAAUGACCAAUUUUCCCUAUACAAUGAAUUUCUGCCCAAAUAACGAAUUUCACCCGUCGAAUAUCAAUUCCAUCUCAUUUCAACCAGACAAAGCUUACAAAAAUGCUCUGGAUUUCUAUAUUCAGGAGUAUUCACAAGAUGGUUUUGGUAACCCCAGUUCAAGUAACGUUGGGAAGAAGGCAGACGCACAACCCAGCAAGCAGAUUAUUCACAAAAUGAUUGAAAGGAAGCGGCGGAAGGACACGAAUUUUCUCUACUCAGAGCUGAGGUCACUACUUCCGGAAGAAAGAAUUCGGAGAAAGCGUUCAGUAUCAAACCAACUGGACGAAUCUAUUAAUUACAUUCGUCAUCUAGAGCAACAGAUCAAAGAUCUAACGAAGGAAAGAGACAAGAAAAAAAUCCGUGCAGCUUGCUUUAAGGGUAUUGAAAUAUCCAAGCCGCUGGAAUUCUAUGACGAGGGUUUCCCAUCAAUUAAAAUAAAGUCAUUCGGUUCAGAUACAUUGCAGGUAUAUAUAAACUCGAUCCAGAAUCAGAUUGCCUUGUCCGAUGUUCUUCUGGUGUUUGAAGAAUGUAGAGGUGAAGUUGUGAAUGUUGCUUCGUCUGUGACUAAUGAAACAAACGCUUUCCAAGACAAUAAAAUAAAAUUUCGAAGAUACACGCAGAGCAGAAACUUUCAGAAAAAACUAUAAGUGUCACUUAUUAUAGGAUAAUGGACAUGAUGCACAUCUCAAGUAUACAUAGAAUACCAGUACCAAAUUAGUUUAGUUUUGUAAGCUUAGUGAUGUAAGGUGUACCUAAAAUUGUCUUUAUUUCUGACUUUGUUGUAGGAUAGAAAUAAAAUUUUAAAGGAAACUAGUGAAAAUUUCAUCUUUAAUGUUAUUUCUUAUUUUUGCGGACAUCAUAUGAGUAGUUAACAUGUUUGGCAAGCUCCAAAGAUAGGCCAUUAAGUUUCCUAAAUUAAGAUACCAAGUUAACAUCAAUCUAUCUGCCUGUUUUAACUGUUUUCCAUUUGAAAGGAGCUGUGGAAUACUUAAAAGUUGAAACUCUUAGAAAGAAAAUACCCUUAUCUUAUUUUAAACCUACACGUUCUA